AUGCAGGCAUUUUAUGAACAUCACGAAAUAGUGUGGAUUAGCAGCAAGCUGUUCCUUGCUUCAGCUCAACUCAUCGUCGCAAUCAAUAAAAUAGACAAAUAUGGGGUCGAUGUGGAACGAACGAUACAAGGCCUUGCGGCACAUGGCGUAGUGGUAGAACGGUUGGGUGGUGAAGUGCAGGCGGUGGAGAUAUCCGCGCUGCGGCGCAUCAACCUCGUCUCUUUGCUGGAGGCUAUCGUGGCACAGGCAGAGGUGAUGCAUGUCGUUGCAGAUCCUACCGGACCUGCCGAGGCUCUUGUUCUUGAGUGCAGCAUGGAGCAUGGUCUUGGAAAGGUGGUGAAUUGCCUAGUAACGCAGGGUGAAUUGAAGCAAGGUUCCAGGAGCGGUCCUUUAAUAGCUGGUGAGAGCGUUGGUUGCGUGCGCGUCCUUCGAAACGAUCGCGGCUUUCGCGUGAACUCUGUCCGACCCGGCUACACUGCCUUUAUAGCUGGCUGGAAGACCAUGCCUCCCGUGGGUAGCACCAUCCUCGAAGUCGCCUCUGAAGUAGGUAUUGCCUUUUUGCUUCACUUUAAAACCAUGUCCUUAAAUGCGGAAGCAGAGGCAGCGGUUCGGACGCGGCGCCAGAGGCGGCUGGAAUGGAAGUCACAAGCUGACCAAGUGGCUAUUAACCAACGGACUGCCGAAUACCAUGCCGCCUAUGAGGCCUACCUCAGGAAGGGCGGGGAAAUGGAUCCCCAUUCUGCUCGUCGAUUCGCCUCUGAAUUUAGAAAGAACCAAACAAAUUUGGGGAAGAUAACGGAAACAGGGGAACUGAGUAUUCCCUUGAUCGUCAAGGCCGAUGUUAAGGGAAGUUUGGAGGCGAUUUCGGACAUACUAGAAACCUGCCCAUCCGAUCAGUGCCGCGUGCGGAUCGUCCUCUCAGGAGUCGGCCCCGUCACCCGGGCCGAAGUGGAUCUUGCGGCUGCCAUAGGAGCUGAACUAUUCACAUUUAACGUCGAUGCACUCCCAGAUGCGAAGUCGACACUCGAUAUGCACAAUAUGCUACUCCACUCGCACAACAUCAUUUACAGGCUUGCCGAAGAUGUGCGCUCCCUCGUUAAUCACAAAUUACCUCCUGUCUAUCUCGAAGAAGUUGUCGGCGAAGCUGUGGUUCUGCAAACCUUUGAAGUCUCUGUAAUCCGUAUCAAGCGUCAGGAGGAGGUAAUCGUCGGUGGGUGCCGUUGCACUCAGGGAAACAUCCUGUCUGGAAAAUCCUUAAAGCGAGGUAUGUUUUCGUCUUUGUGA